UUGCAUGAGAGAAAAAAAUAGAGUUCUUGUGCAAUGAAAUGUAUGACAGUUGAUUGUAAAAAUGUUGCCAAAAUACAUAAAUCUUUUUUGUUGCACGUAAUUGAAUUAAAAAAAUAAAUAUCAAGGUUCUAAUAAUAUUAUUUUUAUUAAAAUAUUAUAGAAUAACUAAUUUAAAUUCUGUUUAUAAAACAAGAAUUACAAAAGAUUCAUCUUGUUGCGUGGAUACGUCAGAGAAGUUAGACUUGACAUGUAUACAGCUUUGUGUACAAUGGUUUUACUUGUGAUUAAUGAUGUUACAAUUUUUUAAGAGAUCAGGCACAAGAAACAGAACAAAAUCUCAAAGCUCUCCUGCCAAAUCUACGAGCUCUGAUAAGUCUGGUGGAAGUGAUGCUUUGGUAGUUGGUUGUUCUCUAUCUCGAUCUAUACCACCUCGGAGUCUUGAGGAAGAAGAAGAAGAAGAUGACGAAGAUAUUCGGGAUAGCUUAAAAGUCGAAAUUUCAUCAGCCCGUUCAAGGCUAUCUAAAACACUAUCAGAAAUUUUAGCUGAUAAGGAAGCUCUAGGCUAUUUUAUUCAAUUUAUGGAGAGCCGUGGAAAGUUAGCUCUUAUAAAAUUUUGGAUGGAAGUAGAAUGUGUUAAAGAAGCUUCGAAUGAAUAUAAUGAUUUAAUUAAUAUCAAUAUCAAUGAGAAUACAUCGGAUCUAUUCAAAUCCGAUAGUAAUGACAAUAGUUUUCAGGAAGAAAUGAAAAUAAAUGGUAAUAAAGAUGAAGUGAACAAUCUAAAGUCUGUAAAUAUGAAUGAUUCAAAAAUGAAUAUAAAAGAACCAAAGAUUAGUCGGUUAUCUAAUUGCAAAAGUAUAAGUGAAGAGCCAGGAGAAAUAUCAAGUGUGAUUCAAGAUGCUUUGAGACUCUGUAAAAAAUACAUUGUUAAAGAUACGUUAAAAAUAAAUGAAAUUACUCCGGCUUUUAAAGCAGAAAUAGAAGAAGCUUUUACUAAUCAGAACACUGUGGCUUUGAUCAAAAAUUUAUUAAUAACACAGAAAAUAGUUUAUAAAGUUUUAGAAGAAGAAUACAUCGAUGACUUCCUACGAAGCGAAUUUCAUUGUAAGCAUCAGAUUGAUGUUUUAACAAGUGGUGAUGUAAAACUGGCAGAUAUUCUUUUCAACGAAACUGCAUUUUUCUAUUUUAUGGAGUUUAUAGAACUAGAAAAUAAAAGAGAAUUACUAGACUUUUGGAUGUCUGUGGUAAAUUAUAAGCAGAAUUUCUUAGAAAAAAGGGAUACUGACCCAGCGGAAGCUCAAGCUGAUGCUUUAAUAAUAUAUGAAAGAUUUUUUUCUUUACAAGCAACGAUGCCGCUUGGUUUUACUGAUAAAAUACGAUUUGAAGUUGAACAGAAUAUUUGUCGUGAAGGAGGAAAUGGUCCUGAGUCCGAUUGCUUCGACAAACCGAGCAUCAUUGUAUAUAACUUUUUGAGUAAACACUAUCUACCUGCCUUCUUAUCUUCCCAAUUAUAUUACAAAUACUUAUCAGAAUUAAUAAGCACAGUUCAAAGUGGUGCUUGUGCGUCACAAUCUCAUCAACGGUUAAAGAGAGCAGGAUCAGAUUGUAGUAGUGAAGUGAGUAUUUUCAGUAUGAGUACUCAUGAUACUUCACAAACAAGUAAUCAUGAAGACGGAAAUCGAUCAUCACGAGAUACUACCAUUAAUGGGAGCAUGAAUAUUGACACUAGGCAACUUUAUGAUCCUGAUUCAUUGUGGAAACGCAACAAAUACAACCUGAGUGUUGGUUACGUUGAUAAUAUGGGGAGGUUUGUCACAGAAAUUGAGCCAGAUCCUCGCCGUAAAUACGAAUCCCGGUUAUCAAAAGCAGUAAGAAGGCUUAUACAUUUAGAAGAAGAUAAGGCAAAAGAAGAACUCGCUUGGAAAAUAGCUGAAAUGAUAAUUCGAGAAAUAACAUCUUUGACUCUUGGGGUACCAGAACUUCCGCCUUAAUAUUGUCUUUCAAGAUAACAGCUGCCGUACGUUAUAAAAACAAAAAUCGAGAACAGUCUCGUGCCAAAAUUAUCUCUACAAUGAAUUUAUUAUUACAUUUUCUAAAGUUUCACAGCAGAAUUGCUUUUACUUAAGUGAGAUUAUUUUAAAGUAUUAUUUUUUAAAUCUACUAAGAACUCCAAGCUAUUUUACGUUAUUUCAAUAAUUUAGUAUUAGCAUAAUAUUAAUCAGAUAAUCAAAUGAUAGUUAUAACUUAUGUGCGGCAUUAUAAUGACUAAUUUUACCAAAUUAAUCAUAAACAGAUUUUGUUUUGGUUAAAACCAUGACAAUUUUUAUUAAAAUCUUCCUGAAUUUAUCAAAUUUUACAAACCUCUUGACCUUGAUAAUAAUUUCUGUAUUCACUUUUUACCCCUUUUUACAUACAUCGAUUUUUGUUACUAAACUUUUAAAGAUGUAAAUAUCAUUAUUUUGAGCGAUGAUAAGUGUAUUUCGUCAAUUUCGUAACGAAAAUAGUUUGUAUACAAAUUGAUGAUAAAGCUGGUGUAUGAAUGAGUCUUUUAUUUAAUGAAAAUAUAUCAAGAUACUAUUUUUUAAAAAAUCAUAAUGUUUAGAAUAUAAAAACUUCGAAGGUGCUAAAAUUAUUUUGAAAUAUAAUUAC